AUGUCCUCCGGUUUCCAUUUUCAUGACGUGUCCAAUGACGCCAUCAAAGGAAUGCCACCGAGCGAGGCUUUACAUAAGCACCUGGAGAAUGCGCAGCUCGCGCACCGCAUUUGCCUUGCCAAGGCACUAAAGGCUGGUGAACCCCCUGUGGAAAAAUGUGCACUCACGUGGGGUGAAGUGCUCAUACGGUACCAGGCCUGGUCCGAGUAUCGCCCACCCUUCCAGGAUAGUGUUGCACAGGCAAAAUACAAGAAGUACUGGAGCAAAAAGCGACAGGAAGAGGACGACAAGAAUCCAUUCAAAUAA